GGCUUUGAUUUGUUUACAUUUUAGUGGCAUGCUAUUUAUUGGAUAAAAAGAAUCAUAAUAGUAUAAUUGGAUCCCUUUAUAGUAGAAAAGGAAUAAGGUUUACCUAAAUUGUGUUCUCGCCCAGGAAUUACGAAGAAGAAAUUAGCAACAUUCGUGUUUUCUUCUAGAUGCGAUUAGGAAACAAUCGAAUUUUGGUAUCUGCUGCAUCCAUUCUGACCAUUUGGAGUGGAAUCAACCAUUUUUCAGCUAUGGCUUGGAGGUCUCAUGGCGUAAACAAUCGUGAUAUGGUUUCACACUUGAAACGUAAUGGAGUCUUCCAUAGUCAUGAAGUGGAAGAAGCCAUGAACCAAGUGGACAGGAAAUAUUAUUCGGAACACAAUCCAUAUAUGGAUGCACCCCAGAGUAUCGGAUAUGGAGCAACCAUCAGUGCCCCUCACAUGCAUGGUACUGUUCUGGAAGCACUGAAAGUUCAUCUGAUAAAUGGAACUAGGGCACUUGAUGUUGGCUCAGGCUCUGGCUACCUGACUGUCUGUAUGGCCUUGAUGAUGGGUGAAAAAGGACGUGUAAUUGGAAUCGACCAUUUAAAAGGGCUAGUGGAUUUGUCUUUAGCUAACGUGAAAAAAGACAAAGUCGGGCAUAGUCUUCUACAGUCUCAACGCAUCAAGCUAAUAGUCGGAGAUGGGCGGUUGGGAUACCCUGAAGAAAGCCCGUUUGAUGCCAUUCACGUUGGAGCUGCGUCACCGUCCUUGCCUUACGCUCUGAUGAAUCAGCUAAAACCGGGAGGCCGUCUAAUUGUUCCAGUUGGACCUGAAGGAGGCAACCAAACUUUGGAACAAAUCGAUCGAAAAGAGGAUGGCACAUUCACGCAUAGAUCUUUAAUGGGCGUCAUGUAUGUUCCUUUGACUGAGAAGGAUCAGCAAUGGCCGUAUUGAACCAACUUAGAACUCCAAAUGAAAGUUCACCAGACGACGUAUUGGACUUAAGUAUUGUCUUGGCUCGAUUAAUUAAAAGCUUUCCUGGCUUUACAAAAUUUAAACUAAUUCCAAAUGUUCCAAUAAAGAGGCAUAAAAAUCAA